AGCGGGCGCACGCGCGGGAGCGGGACUCGGCGGCAUGGCGGGCUCCGGAGCCGGUGUGCGUUGCUCCCUGCUGCGGCUGCAGGAGACCUUGUGCGCCGCGGACCGCUGCGGUGCUGCCCUGGCCGGUCAUCAACUGAUCCGCGGCCUGGGGCAGGAAUGCGUCCUGAGCAGCAGCUCCGCGGUGCUGGCAUUACAGACAUCUUUAGUUUUUUCCAGAGAUUUCGGUUUGCUUGUAUUUGUCCGGAAGUCACUCAACAGUAUUGAAUUUCGUGAAUGUAGAGAAGAAAUCCUAAAGUUUUUAUGUAUUUUCUUAGAAAAAAUGGGCCAGAAGAUCGCACCUUACUCUGUUGAAAUUAAGAAUACUUGUACCAGUGUUUAUACAAAAGAUAGAGCCGCUAAAUGUAAAAUUCCAGCCCUGGACCUUCUUAUUAAGUUACUUCAGACUUUUAGAAGUUCUAGACUCAUGGAUGAAUUUAAAAUUGGAGAAUUAUUUAGUAAAUUCUAUGGAGAACUUGCAUUGAAAAAAAAAAUACCAGAUACAGUUUUAGAAAAAGUAUAUGAGCUCCUAGGAUUAUUGGGUGAAGUUCAUCCUAGUGAGAUGAUAAAUAAUGCAGAAAACCUGUUCCGUGCUUUUCUGGGUGAACUUAAGACCCAGAUGACAUCAGCAGUAAGAGAGCCCAAACUACCUGUUCUGGCAGGAUGUCUGAAGGGGUUGUCCUCACUUCUGUGCAACUUCACUAAGUCCAUGGAAGAAGAUCCUCAGACUUCAAGGGAGAUUUUUAAUUUUGUACUAAAGGCAAUUCGUCCUCAGAUUGAUCUGAAGAGAUAUGCUGUGCCCUCAGCUGGCUUGCGCCUAUUUGCCCUGCAUGCAUCUCAGUUUAGCACCUGCCUUCUGGACAACUACGUGUCUCUAUUUGAAGUCUUGUUAAAGUGGUGUGCCCACACAAAUGUAGAAUUGAAAAAAGCUGCACUUUCAGCCCUGGAAUCCUUUCUGAAACAGGUUUCUAAUAUGGUGGCGAAAAAUGCAGAAAUGCAUAAAAGUAAACUGCAGUACUUUAUGGAGCAGUUUUAUGGAAUCAUCAGAAAUGUGGAUUCGAACAACAAGGAGUUAUCUAUUGCUAUCCGUGGAUAUGGACUUUUUGCAGGACCCUGCAAGGUUAUAAACGCAAAAGAUGUUGACUUCAUGUACGUUGAGCUCAUUCAACGCUGCAAGCAGAUGUUCCUCACCCAGACAGACACUGGUGACGACCGUGUUUAUCAGAUGCCAAGCUUCCUCCAGUCUGUUGCAAGCGUCUUGCUGUACCUUGACACAGUUCCUGAGGUGUAUACUCCAGUUCUGGAGCACCUUGUGGUGAUGCAGAUAGACAGUUUCCCACAGUACAGUCCAAAAAUGCAGUUGGUGUGUUGCAGAGCCAUAGUGAAGGUGUUCCUAGCUUUGGCAGCAAAAGGGCCAGUUCUCAGGAAUUGCAUUAGUACUGUGGUGCAUCAGGGUUUAAUCAGAAUAUGUUCUAAACCAGUGGUCCUUCCAAAGGGCCCUGAGUCUGAAUCUGAAGACCACCGUGCUUCAGGGGAAGUCAGAACUGGCAAAUGGAAGGUGCCCACAUACAGAGACUACGUGGAUCUCUUCAGACAUCUCCUGAGCUCUGACCAGAUGAUGGACUCCAUUUUAGCGGAUGAAACAUUUUUCUCUGUGAAUUCCUCCAGUGAAAGUCUGAAUCAUUUACUUUAUGAUGAAUUUGUAAAAUCCGUUCUGAAGAUUGUUGAGAAAUUGGAUCUUACACUAGAAACACAGACUGUUGGGGAACAAGAGAACGGAGAUGAGGCGCCUGGUGUUUGGAUGAUCCCGACUUCAGAUCCAGCGGCUAACUUGCAUCCGGCUAAACCUAAAGAUUUUUCGGCUUUCAUUAACCUGGUGGAAUUUUGCAGAGAGAUUCUCCCUGAGAAACAAGCAGAAUUUUUUGAACCAUGGGUGUACUCAUUUUCAUAUGAAUUAAUUUUACAAUCUACAAGGUUGCCCCUCAUCAGUGGUUUCUACAAAUUGCUUUCUAUUACAGUAAGAAAUGCCAAGAAAAUAAAAUAUUUCGAGGGAGUUAGUCCAAAGAGUCUGAAACACUCUCCAGAAGACCCAGAAAAGUAUUCUUGCUUUGCUUUAUUUGUGAAAUUUGGCAAAGAGGUGGCAGUUAAAAUGAAGCAGUACAAAGAUGAACUUUUGGCCUCUUGUUUGACCUUUCUUCUGUCCUUGCCACACGACAUCAUUGAACUCGAUGUUAGAGCCUACGUUCCUGCGCUGCAGAUGGCUUUCAAACUGGGCCUGAGCUAUACCCCCUUGGCAGAAGUAGGCCUGAAUGCUCUAGAAGAAUGGUCAAUUUAUAUUGACAAACAUGUAAUGCAGCCUUAUUACAAAGACAUUCUCCCCUGCCUGGAUGGAUACCUGAAGACUUCAGCCUUGUCAGAUGAGACCAAGAAUAACUGGGAAGUGUCAGCUCUUUCUCGGGCUGCCCAGAAAGGAUUUAAUAAAGUGGUGUUAAAGCAUCUGAAGAAGACAAAGAACCUUUCAUCAAAUGAAGCAAUAUCCUUAGAAGAAAUAAGAAUUAGAGUAGUACAAAUGCUUGGCUCUCUAGGAGGACAAAUAAACAAAAAUCUUCUGACAGUCAUGUCCUCAGAUGAGAUGAUGAAGAGCUAUAUGGCCUGGGACAGAGAGAAGCGGCUGAGCUUUGCAGUGCCCUUUAGAGAGAUGAAACCUGUCAUUUUCCUGGACGUGUUCCUGCCUCGAGUCACAGAAUUAGCGCUCACAGCCAGUGACAGACAAACUAAAGUUGCAGCCUGUGAACUUUUACAUAGCAUGGUAAUGUUUAUGUUGGGCAAAGCCACGCAGAUGCCAGAAGGGGGACAGGGAGCCCCACCCAUGUACCAGCUCUAUAAGCGGACGUUUCCUGUGCUGCUUCGACUUGCGUGUGAUGUUGAUCAGGUGACAAGGCAACUGUAUGAGCCACUAGUUAUGCAGCUGAUUCACUGGUUCACUAACAAUAAGAAAUUUGAAAGUCAGGAUACUGUCGCCUUACUAGAAGCUAUAUUGGAUGGAAUUGUGGACCCUGUUGACAGUACUUUAAGAGAUUUUUGUGGUCGGUGUAUUCGAGAAUUCCUUCAAUGGUCCAUUAAGCAAAUAACACCACAGCAGCAGGAGAAGAGUCCAGUAAACACCAAAUCGCUUUUCAAGCGACUUUAUAGUCUCGCGCUUCACCCCAAUGCUUUCAAGAGGCUGGGAGCAUCACUUGCGUUUAAUAAUAUCUACAGGGAAUUCAGGGAAGAAGAGUCUCUGGUGGAACAGUUUGUGUUUGAAGCCUUGGUGAUAUACAUGGAGAGUCUGGCCUUAGCACAUGCAGAUGAGAAGUCCUUAGGUACAAUUCAACAGUGUUGUGAUGCCAUUGAUCACCUAUGCCGCAUCAUUGAAAAGAAGCAUGUUUCUUUAAAUAAAGCAAAGAAACGACGUUUGCCGCGAGGAUUUCCACCUUCCGCGUCAUUGUGUUUAUUGGAUCUGGUCAAGUGGCUUUUAGCUCAUUGUGGGAGGCCCCAGACAGAAUGUCGACACAAAUCCAUUGAACUCUUUUAUAAAUUCGUUCCUUUAUUGCCAGGCAACAGAUCCCCUAAUUUGUGGCUGAAAGAUGUUCUCAAGGAAGAAGGUGUCUCUUUUCUCAUCAGCACCUUUGAGGGGGGCGGCUGUGGCCAGCCUUCGGGCAUCCUGGCCCAGCCCACCCUCUUGCACCUUCGGGGGCCAUUCAGCCUGCAGGCCACGCUGUGCUGGCUGGACCUGCUCUUGGCCGCGCUGGAGUGCUACAACACGUUCAUCGGCGAGAGAACUGUGGGAGCGCUCCAGGUCCUAGGUACUGAAGCCCAGUCUUCACUUUUGAAAGCAGUGGCUUUCUUUUUAGAAAGCAUUGCCAUGCAUGACAUUAUAGCAGCAGAAAAGUGCUUUGGCACGGGGGCAGCAGAUAACAGACCAAGCCCUCAAGAGGGAGAAAGGUACAGCUACAGCAAAUGCACCGUUGUGGUCCGGAUUAUGGAGUUUACCACGACUCUGCUGAACACCUCCCCAGAAGGAUGGAAGCUCCUGAAGAAGGACUUGUGUAAUACACACCUGAUGAGAGUCCUGGUGCAGACACUGUGUGAGCCCGCAAGCGUAGGUUUCAACAUCGGAGACGUCCAGGUUAUGGCUCAUCUUCCUGAUGUUUGUGUGAACCUGAUGAAAGCGCUAAAGAUGUCCCCAUACAAAGAUAUCCUAGAGACCCAUCUGAGAGAGAAAAUAACAGCACAGAGCAUUGAGGAGCUUUGUGCUGUCAACUUGUAUGGCCCUGAUGCGCAAGUAGACAGGAGCAGGCUGGCUGCUGUUGUGUCUGCCUGUAAACAGCUUCACAGAGCUGGGCUUCUGCAUAGUAUAUUACCAUCUCAGUCCACAGAUCUGCAUCAUUCUAUUGGCACAGAACUUCUUUCCCUGGUUUAUAAAGGCAUUGCCCCUGGAGAUGAGAGACAGUGUCUGCCUUCUCUAGACCUCAGUUGUAAGCAGCUGGCCAGCGGACUUCUGGAGUUAGCCUUUGCUUUUGGAGGACUGUGUGAGCGCCUUGUGAGUCUUCUCCUGAACCCAGCAGUGCUGUCCACGGCAUCCUUGGGCAGCUCACAGAGCAGCGUCAUCCACUUCUCCCAUGGGGAGUAUUUCUAUAGCUUGUUCUCAGAAACGAUCAACACGGAAUUGUUGAAGAAUCUGGAUCUUGCUGUAUUGGAGCUCAUGCAGUCAUCAGUGGAUAAUCCCAAAAUGGUGAGUGCCAUUUUGAACGGCAUGUUAGACCAGAGCUUCAGGGAGCGAGCAAGCCAGAAACACCAAGGACUGAAACUUGCAACUACAAUUCUGCAACACUGGAAGAAGUGUGAUUCAUGGUGGGCCAAAGAUUCCCCUCUCGAAACUAAAAUGGCAGUGCUGGCCUUACUGGCAAAAAUUUUACAGAUUGAUUCAUCUGUAUCUUUUAAUACAAGUCAUGGUUCAUUCCCUGAAGUCUUUACAACAUAUAUUAGUCUACUUGCUGACACAAAGCUGGAUCUACAUUUAAAGUUUCUAGAUGCACUGGAAUUAUCUCAAAGCCCUAUGUUGUUGGAAUUGAUGACAGAAGUUCUUUGUCGGGAACAGCAGCAUGUCAUGGAAGAAUUAUUUCAAUCCAGUUUCAAGAGGAUUGCCAGAAGGGGUUCAUGCGUCACACAAGUAGGCCUUCUGGAAAGCGUGUAUGAAAUGUUCAGGAAGGAUGACCCCCGCCUAAGUUUCACACGCCAAUCCUUUGUGGACCGCUCCCUCCUCACUCUGCUGUGGCACUGUAGCCUGGAUGCUUUGAGAGAAUUCUUCAGCACAAUUGUGGUGGAUGCCAUUGAUGUGUUGAAGUCCAGGUUUACAAAGCUAAAUGAAUCAACCUUUGAUACCCAAAUCACCAAAAAGAUGGGCUACUAUAAGAUUCUAGAUGUGAUGUAUUCUCGUCUUCCCAAAGAUGAUGUUCACGCUAAGGAAUCAAAAAUUAAUCAAGUUUUCCAUGGCUCGUGUAUUACAGAAGGAAAUGAACUUACAAAGACACUGAUUAAAUUGUGCUAUGAUGCAUUUACAGAGAACAUGGCAGGAGAGAAUCAGCUGCUGGAGAGGAGAAGACUUUACCAUUGUGCAGCAUACAACUGCGCCAUAUCUGUCAUCUGCUGUGUCUUCAAUGAGUUAAAAUUUUACCAAGGUUUUCUGUUUAGUGAAAAGCCAGAAAAGAACUUGCUUAUUUUUGAAAAUCUGAUCGACCUGAAGCGCCGCUAUAAUUUUCCUGUAGAAGUUGAGCUUCCUAUGGAAAGAAAGAAAAAGUACAUUGAAAUUAGGAAAGAAGCCAGAGAAGCAGCAAAUGGGGAUUCAGAUGGUCCUUCCUAUAUGUCUUCCCUGUCAUAUUUGGCAGACAGUACCCUGAGUGAGGAAAUGAGUCAAUUUGAUUUCUCAACCGGAGUUCAGAGCUAUUCAUACAGCUCCCAAGACCCUAGACCUGCCACUGGUCGUUUUCGGAGAAGGGAGCAGCGGGACCCCGGGGUGCAUGAUGAUGUGCUGGAGCUGGAGAUGGACGAGCUCAAUCGGCACGAGUGCAUGGCGGCCCUGACGGCCCUGGUGAAGCACAUGCACAGAAGCCUGGGCCCGCCUCAAGGAGAAGAGGAUUCAGUGCCAAGAGAUCUUCCUCCUUGGAUGAAAUUCCUCCAUGGCAAACUGGGAAAUCCAUUAGUACCAUUAAAUAUCCGUCUCUUCUUAGCCAAGCUUGUUAUUAAUACAGAAGAGGUCUUUCGCCCUUACGCGAAGCACUGGCUUAGCCCCUUGCUGCAGCUGGCUGCUUCUGAAAACAAUGGAGGAGAAGGAAUUCACUACAUGGUGGUUGAGAUAGUGGCCACUAUUCUUUCAUGGACAGGCUUGGCCACUCCGACAGGGGUCCCUAAAGAUGAAGUGUUAGCAAAUCGAUUGCUUAAUUUCCUAAUGAAACAUGUCUUUCAUCCAAAAAGAGCUGUGUUUAGACACAACCUUGAAAUUAUAAAGACCCUUGUCGAGUGCUGGAAGGAUUGUUUAUCCAUCCCUUAUAGGUUAAUAUUUGAAAAGUUUUCCGGUAAAGAUCCUAAUUCUAAAGACAACUCAGUAGGGAUUCAAUUGCUAGGCAUCGUGAUGGCCAAUGACCUGCCUCCCUAUGACCCUCAGUGUGGCAUCCAGAGUAGCGAAUACUUUCAGGCUUUGGUGAAUAAUAUGUCCUUUGUAAGAUAUAAAGAAGUGUAUGCCGCUGCAGCAGAAGUUCUAGGACUUAUACUUCGAUAUGUUAUGGAGAGGAAAAACAUACUGGAGGAGUCUCUGUGUGAACUGGUUGCAAAACAAUUGAAGCAACAUCAGAAUACUAUGGAGGACAAGUUUAUUGUGUGCUUGAACAAAGUGACCAAGAGCUUUCCUCCUCUUGCAGACAGGUUCAUGAAUGCUGUGUUCUUUCUGCUGCCAAAAUUUCAUGGAGUGUUGAAAACACUCUGUCUGGAGGUGGUACUUUGUCGUGUGGAGGGAAUGACAGAGCUGUACUUCCAGUUAAAGAGCAAGGACUUCGUUCAAGUCAUGAGGCAUAGAGAUGAUGAAAGACAAAAAGUAUGUUUGGACAUAAUUUAUAAGAUGAUGCCAAAGUUAAAACCAGUAGAACUCCGAGAACUUCUGAACCCCGUUGUGGAAUUUGUUUCCCAUCCUUCUACAACAUGUAGGGAACAAAUGUAUAAUAUUCUCAUGUGGAUUCAUGAUAAUUACAGAGAUCCAGAAAGUGAGACAGAUAAUGACUCCCAGGAAAUAUUUAAGUUGGCAAAAGAUGUGCUGAUUCAAGGAUUGAUCGAUGAGAACCCUGGACUUCAAUUAAUUAUUCGAAAUUUCUGGAGCCAUGAAACUAGGUUACCUUCAAAUACCUUGGACCGGUUGCUAGCACUAAAUUCCUUAUAUUCUCCUAAGAUAGAAGUGCACUUUUUAAGUUUAGCAACAAAUUUUCUGCUCGAAAUGACCAGCAUGAGCCCAGAUUAUCCAAAUCCCAUGUUCGAGCAUCCUCUGUCAGAAUGUGAAUUUCAGGAAUAUACCAUUGAUUCUGAUUGGCGUUUCCGAAGUACUGUUCUCACUCCGAUGUUUGUGGAGACCCAGGCCUCCCAGGGCACUCUACAGACCCGUACCCAGGAAGGGUCCCUCUCAGCUCGCUGGCCAAUGGCGGGGCAGAUAAGGGCCACCCAGCAGCAGCAUGACUUCACACUGACACAGACUGCAGAUGGAAGAAGCUCGUUUGACUGGCUGACUGGGAGCAGCACUGACCCGCUGGGCGACCACACCAGUCCCUCAUCUGACUCCUUGCUGUUUGCCCACAAGAGGAGUGAAAGGUUACAGAGAGCACCCUUGAAGUCAGUGGGGCCUGAUUUUGGGAAAAAAAGGCUGGGCCUUCCAGGGGAUGAGGUGGAUAACAAAGUGAAAGGUGCGGCCGGCCGGACGGAUCUCCUGCGACUGCGCAGACGGUUUAUGAGGGACCAGGAGAAGCUCAGUUUGAUGUAUGCCAGAAAAGGCAUUGCUGAGCAAAAACGAGAGAAGGAAAUCAAGAGUGAGUUAAAAAUGAAGCAGGAUGCCCAGGUCGUUCUGUACAGAAGCUACCGGCAUGGAGACCUUCCUGACAUUCAGAUCAAGCACAGCAGCCUCAUCACCCCGUUACAGGCCGUGGCCCAGAGAGACCCAAUAAUUGCAAAACAACUCUUUAGCAGCUUGUUUUCUGGAAUUUUGAAAGAGAUGGAUAAAUUUAAGACACUGUCUGAAAAAAACAACAUCACUCAAAAGUUGCUCCAAGACUUCAAUCGUUUUCUUAAUACCACCUUCUCUUUCUUUCCACCUUUUGUCUCUUGUAUUCAGGACAUCAGCUGUCAGCACGCAGCCCUGCUGAGCCUUGACCCAGCGGCUGUUAGCGCUGGUUGCCUGGCCAGCCUACAGCAGCCCGUGGGCAUCCGCCUGCUAGAGGAGGCUCUGCUCCGCCUUCUGCCUGCUGAGCUGCCUACCAAGCGAGUCCGCGGGAAGGCCCGCCUGCCUCCUGAUGUCCUCAGAUGGGUGGAGCUUGCUAAGCUGUAUAGAUCAAUUGGAGAAUACGACGUCCUCCGUGGGAUUUUUACCAGUGAGAUAGGAACAAAGCAAAUCACUCAGAGUGCAUUAUUAGCAGAAGCCAGAAGUGAUUAUUCUGAAGCUGCUAAGCAGUAUGAUGAGGGUCUCAAUAAACAAGACUGGGUAGAUGGUGAGCCCACAGAAGCCGAGAAGGAUUUUUGGGAACUUGCAUCCCUUGACUGUUACAACCACCUUGCUGAGUGGAAAUCACUUGAAUACUGUUCUACAGCCAGUGUAGACAGUGAGAACCCCCCAGACCUAAAUAAAAUCUGGAGUGAACCAUUUUAUCAGGAAACAUAUCUACCUUACAUGAUCCGCAGCAAGCUGAAGCUGCUGCUCCAGGGAGAGGCUGACCAGUCCCUGCUGACAUUUAUUGACAAAGCUAUGCACGGGGAGCUCCAGAAGGCGAUUCUAGAGCUUCAUUACAGUCAAGAGUUGAGUCUGCUUUAUCUCCUGCAAGAUGAUGUUGACAGAGCCAAAUAUUACAUUCAAAAUGGCAUUCAGAGUUUUAUGCAGAAUUAUUCUAGUAUUGAUGUCCUCUUACACCAAAGUAGACUCACCAAAUUGCAGUCUGUACAGGCUUUAACAGAAAUUCAGGAGUUCAUCGGCUUUAUAAGCAAACAAGGCAAUUUAUCAUCUCAAGUUCCCCUUAAGAGACUUCUGAACACCUGGACAAACAGAUAUCCAGAUGCUAAAAUGGAUCCAAUGAACAUCUGGGAUGACAUCAUCACAAAUCGAUGUUUCUUUCUCAGCAAAAUAGAGGAGAAGCUUACCCCUCUUCCAGAAGACAAUAGUAUGAAUGUGGAUCAAGAUGGAGACCCCAGUGACAGGAUGGAAGUGCAAGAGCAGGAAGAAGAUAUCAGCUCCCUGAUCAGGAGUUGCAAGUUUUCCAUGAAAAUGAAGAUGAUAGACAGUGCCCGGAAGCAGAACAAUUUCUCACUUGCCAUGAAACUACUGAAGGAGCUGCAUAAAGAGUCAAAAACCAGAGACGAUUGGCUGGUGAGCUGGGUGCAGAGCUACUGCCGCCUGAGCCACUGCCGGAGCCGGUCCCAGGGCUGCUCUGAGCAGGUGCUCACUGUGCUGAAAACAGUCUCUUUGUUGGAUGAGAACAACGUGUCGAGCUACUUAAGCAAAAAUAUUCUGGCUUUCCGUGACCAGAACAUUCUCUUGGGUACAACUUACAGGAUCAUAGCGAAUGCUCUCAGCAGUGAGCCAGCCUGCCUUGCUGAAAUCGAGGAGGACAAGGCUAGAAGAAUCUUAGAGCUUUCUGGAUCCAGUUCAGAGGAUUCAGAGAAGGUGAUCGCGGGUCUGUACCAGAGAGCAUUCCAGCACCUCUCUGAGGCUGUGCAGGCGGCUGAGGAGGAGGCCCAGCCUCCCUCCUGGAGCUGUGGGCCUGCAGCUGGAGUGAUUGAUGCUUACAUGACGCUGGCAGAUUUCUGUGACCAACAGCUGCGCAAGGAGGAAGAGAAUGCAUCAGUUAUUGAUUCUGCAGAACUGCAGGCGUAUCCAGCACUUGUGGUGGAGAAAAUGUUGAAAGCUUUAAAAUUAAAUUCCAAUGAAGCCAGAUUGAAGUUUCCUAGAUUACUUCAGAUUAUAGAACGGUAUCCAGAGGAGACUUUGAGUCUCAUGACAAAAGAGAUCUCUUCCGUUCCCUGCUGGCAGUUCAUCGACUGGAUCAGCCACAUGGUGGCCUUACUGGACAAAGACCAAGCCAUUGCUGUUCAGCACACCGUGGAAGAAAUCACUGAUAACUACCCGCAGGCUAUUGUUUAUCCCUUCAUCAUAAGCAGUGAAAGCUAUUCCUUCAAGGAUACUUCUACUGGUCAUAAGAAUAAGGAGUUUGUGGCAAGGAUUAAAAGUAAGUUGGAUCAAGGAGGAGUGAUUCAAGAUUUUAUUAAUGCCUUAGAUCAGCUCUCUAAUCCUGAACUGCUCUUUAAGGAUUGGAGCAAUGAUGUAAGAGCUGAACUAGCAAAAACCCCUGUAAAUAAAAAAAACAUUGAAAAAAUGUAUGAAAGAAUGUAUGCAGCCUUGGGUGACCCAAAGGCUCCAGGCCUGGGGGCCUUUAGAAGGAAGUUUAUUCAGACUUUUGGAAAAGAAUUUGAUAAACAUUUUGGGAAAGGAGGUUCUAAGCUACUGAGAAUGAAGCUCAGUGACUUCAACGACAUUACCAACAUGCUACUUUUAAAAAUGAACAAAGACUCAAAGCCCCCUGGGAAUCUGAAAGAAUGUUCGCCCUGGAUGAGCGACUUCAAAGUGGAGUUCCUGAGAAAUGAGCUGGAGAUUCCUGGUCAAUAUGACGGUAGGGGAAAACCAUUGCCAGAGUACCACGUGCGAAUCGCCGGGUUUGAUGAGCGGGUGACAGUCAUGGCGUCUAUGCGAAGGCCCAAGCGCAUCAUCAUCCGUGGCCAUGACGAGAGGGAACACCCUUUCCUGGUGAAGGGUGGCGAGGACCUGCGGCAGGACCAGCGCGUGGAGCAGCUCUUCCAGGUCAUGAAUGGGAUCCUGGCCCGAGACUCCGCCUGCAGCCAGAGGGCCCUGCAGCUGAGGACCUAUAGCGUGGUGCCCAUGACCUCCAGGUUAGGAUUAAUUGAGUGGCUUGAAAAUACUGUUACCUUGAAGGACCUUCUUUUGAACACCAUGUCCCAAGAGGAGAAGGCGGCUUACCUGAGUGAUCCCAAGGCACCACCAUGUGAAUAUAAAGAUUGGCUGACAAAAAUGUCAGGAAAACAUGAUGUUGGAGCUUACAUGCUAAUGUAUAAGGGCGCUAAUCGUACUGAAACAGUCACAUCUUUUAGAAAACGAGAAAGUAAAGUGCCUGCUGAUCUCUUAAAGCGGGCCUUUGUGAGGAUGAGUACAAGCCCUGAGGCUUUCCUGGCGCUCCGCUCCCACUUCGCCAGCUCUCACGCUCUGAUAUGCAUCAGCCACUGGAUCCUCGGGAUUGGAGACAGACAUCUGAACAACUUUAUGGUGGCCAUGGAGACCGGCGGCAUGAUCGGGAUCGACUUUGGGCAUGCGUUUGGAUCUGCUACACAGUUUCUUCCAGUCCCUGAGUUGAUGCCUUUUCGGCUAACUCGCCAAUUUAUCAAUCUGAUGUUACCAAUGAAAGAAAUGGGCCUUAUGUACAGCGUCAUGGUACACGCGCUCCGGGCCUUCCGCUCAGACCCUGGCCUGCUCACCAACACCAUGGAUGUGUUUGUCAAGGAGCCCUCAUUUGAUUGGAAAAAUUUUGAACAGAAAAUGCUGAAAAAAGGAGGGUCAUGGAUUCAAGAAAUAAAUGUUGCUGAAAAAAAUUGGUACCCUCGACAGAAAAUAUGUUACGCUAAGAGAAAGUUAGCAGGUGCCAAUCCAGCAGUCAUUACUUGUGAUGAGCUACUCCUGGGUCAUGAGAAGGCCCCUGCCUUCAGAGACUAUGUGGCUGUGGCACGAGGAAGCAAAGAUCACAACAUUCGUGCCCGAGAACCAGAGGGUGGGCUUUCAGAAGAGAUUCAAGUGAAGUGCUUGAUGGACCAGGCGACAGACCCCAACAUCCUUGGCAGAACCUGGGAAGGAUGGGAGCCCUGGAUGUGAGGUCUGUGGGAGUCUGUAGAUAGAAAGCAUUACAUUGUUUAAAGAAUCUACUAUACUUUGGUUGGCAGCAUUCCAUGAGCUGAUUUUCCUGAAACGCUAAAGAGAAAUGUCUUUUGUGCUACAGUUUUGUAGCAUGAGUUUAAAUCAAGAUUAUGAUGAGUAAAUGUAUAUGGGUUAAAUCAAAGAUAAGGUUAUAGUAACAUCAAAGAUUAGGUGAGGUUUAUAGAAAGAUAUAUAUCCAGGCUUACCAAAGUAUUAAGUCAAGAAUAUAGUAUGUGAUCAGCUUUCAAAGCAUUUACAAGUGCUGCAAGUUAGUGAAACAGCUGUCUCCAUAAACGGAGGAAAUGUGGGGGAGCCUUGGAAUGCCCUUCUGGUUCUGGCACAUUGGAAAGCACACUCAGAAGGCUUCAUCACCAAGAUUUUGGGAGAGUAAAGCUAAGUAUAGUUGAUGUAACAUUGUAGAAGCAGCAUAGGAACAAUAACAAUAGGUAAAGCUAUAAUUAUGGCUUAUAUUUAGAAAUGACUGCAUUUGAUAUUUUAGGAUAUUUUUCUAGGUUUUUUCCUUUCAUUUUUUUCUCUUCUAGUUUUGACAUUUUAUGAUAGAUUUGCUCUCUAGAAGGGAACGUCUUUAUUUAGGAGGGUAAAAAUUUUGGUCGUAGCAUUCACUUUUGCUGUUCCAAUCUACAACUGGAAGAUACAUAAAAGUGCUUUGUAUUGCAAAUUUGGGAUAACUUCAAAAAUCCCAUGGUUGAUGUUAGGGAUAGUAGUAAGCAUUUCAGUUCCAGGAGAAUAAAAGAAAUUCCUAUUUGAAAUGAAUUCCUCAUUUGGAGGAAAAAAAGCAUGCAUUCUAGCACAAGAAGAUCAAAUUAUGGAAUACAAAAGUGGCUCCUUCCCAUGUGCAGUCGCUGUCCCCGCCUGCAGUCCCCUGCACACCCAAACUGUUUCUGAUUGGCUUUUAGCUUUUUGUUGUUUUGGUUUUUUUUUCCUUCUAACACUUGUAUUUGGAAGCUCUUCUGUGAUUUUGAGAAGUAUACUCUUGAGUGUUUAAUAAAGUUUUUUUCCAAAAGUA